CAGAACUUCAUGAAAAACCAGCUUCCUUGUUUCCCCUGUAUAAUCAGUUUCACACAGCAAAAAUGCUUUAAGUAUGAACCAAAUGUGAUCAGCUGGGAAUUUAAGCAGAUGUUGAACCAAAGAAAACCAAACACUAAGCAGAUUUGGCAAGUAUGGAUCUUCUAUAUGGUCAUCAGUGCAAAUUGCUCUGAAGAAAAAGCUACGACGCAGGUGUGUCCUUCAUGUGAUGCCACACAUUUCUGUGACUGUUCUUCAAUGGAUUUGAGCACCAUUCCUUCAGGUUUAACAACUGAUGUCACGGGGCUAAAUCUGUCCUACAACAGCAUAGAACAUGUCAGAGAAAAUGAUCUGAAGCUGGGUGUGAAUCUGAGAGUGCUGCUGCUGCAAUCCAAUCAAGUUAGGACAAUAGAUAAGGAUUCAUUUAUUUUCCUUGGAAAAUUGGAACAUUUGGAUUUAUCAAAUAAUAAGUUGACUCACUUCUCAUCCAUUUGGUUUAGACAUCUUUUUUCCUUACAGCAACUAAACAUACAGGGUAAUUUAUAUACAACACUGGGGGAGAAUCCCUUGUUUUCUAAUCUCAAAAAUUUGAGAUCUCUGCACCUGGGGAAUAACAAUUCCUUCUCUGCUAUACAGAAGCAAGACUUUGAUGGCAUUACAGUUCUUGAGCAACUUGAGAUUGAUGGUCAAAGGCUCAGGCAGUACGGGUCAGGGAGUUUGGCAACAAUUAACAGCAUAAAUCAUAUCAUCAUAAACAUAAACGAUGUUCAGGUGUUAUCGGUGAUGUUGGAGGAUCUUAUAAAUUCUGCAGUAUGUAUAGAACUGAGAAAUAUAGCCUUCAAUACAGCUAAUGAAUCUUCAUUACUGGAGCCAAUGAGUCGUUCUGUCAUGGAAAAAUUUGUGUUAAAAAAUGUUUUGUUUACAGAUGCAAGCACUGACAAAAUGUUAAACAUCUUGGUGCAUGCUGAGCAAUUGUUGGAGCUGGAGCUGGACAACUCUAUACUGCAGGGAACGGGACACUGGCAUGAACCAGUUAAAAUAAAGAGAAAAAGCCCCAUGGAAAUUGUGACAAUACAGAGAUUAACUAUAGAAAAAUUUUAUUUGUUUUCAGAUCUUAGCAGUUUGAAAAAUCUUAUAGGUAACAUCACCAAAAUCACAGUUGUAAAUACUAAGGUGUUCUUGGUCCCUUGCAGCAUUUCAAGACAUUUUUCCUCACUCCUUUAUCUUGAUCUCAGUGAAAAUUUGCUUGCAGAUCCAAAUUUGGAGCAUUCAUCCUGUAAGGGUGCAUGGCCCUUGCUGCAAACUUUCAAUUUAAGUCAAAAUACAUUGGGUAAUUUACAAAUGACGGGGCAAAGUCUAUCUCAUCUAAAACACCUUACUCACCUAGAUAUUAGCCAAAACAAUUUUGGUGAGAUUCCAGAAUUGUGUCAAUGGCCAGAAAACCUGAAAUAUUUAAAUAUCUCAGGCACUCAAAUACCCAAAUUAACAACAUGCAUUCCUCAAACUCUUGAAGUUUUGGAUGUUAGUAGUAAUAUCCUCAAUGAUUUUAGAUUAAAGCUACCACGUCUGAAAGAGCUCUAUAUUGCAAAAAACAAAUUAAAGACCUUGCCAGAUGCUCCAUUUAUUCCUAACUUAGUAGCCCUGAGAAUCAGCAGAAACAAAUUAACCAGUUUCUCUAAGGAAGAAUUUGGAUCAUUUAGGAAAAUGGAGACACUGGAUGCAGGUGACAAUAAUUUCAUCUGCUCUUGUGAAUUUCUCUCCUUCAUUCAAUAUCAGGAGGGAAUAGCUAAUGUCUUGGCUAACUGGCCAGAGAACUACAUCUGUGACUCUCCGUCUUCUGUGAGAGGACAGAAGGUAAAAGCUGCUCAACUUUCGCUGUUUGAAUGUCACAGGACUUUGGCCGUGUCCUUAAUUUGCAUUCUGGUGUUCUUGGUAAUCAAGUUUGUUGUGAUCCUGGGCUAAAAACUUCAUGUGAUCUGGUACAUGAAAAUGACCUGGGCUUGGCUUCAAGCUAAAAGGAAACCCAAGAAAUCACACAAUCAUGACUUCUGCUAUGAUGCUUUUGUUUCCUACAGUGAAAGAGACUCAGAAUGGGUUGAAAACUUAAUGGUACAGGAACUUGAGAAUGCUAUCCCCCCAUUUAAAAUGUGCCUUCAUAAACGGGACUUUGUGCCUGGGAAGUGGAUCGUUGACAACAUCAUUGACUCCAUUGAAAAAAGUCAUAAAACUCUGUUUGUGCUGUCAGAGCACUUUGUGCAGAGCGAGUGGUGCAAGUAUGAGCUGGAGUUCUCACACUUCCGUCUCUUUGAUGAGCAUAAUGAUGCAGCAAUUUUGAUCCUUUUGGAGCCCAUUCAGGAGGAAACAAUUCCCAAAAGAUUCUGUAAACUGAGGAAAAUAAUGAGUACAAAGACCUACCUUGAAUGGCCCCUUGAUGAAAAUCAGCAGCAAAUAUUUUGGAAUAACUUGAAAACAGCAUUAAAAUCCCAUGAUGUCAUUUUAGGCUGAACCACUAACUCAGCCACACUAUGUUUCCAAGCAGGACGUUUGUGAAGCCUUUUUCCUGUUAAGAAACAUUUUGUUAUGCUGACUUUUAUUUCAGUGUUGUGGAGGCUUGACUGGACUGCACACUAAACUAAUUUUAGCUUUGCUAAAUGAAGGAUACCAGCUGAGAACAUCCAACUGUUUUAGAGAUUCUUUGGUUUUCUGACCUUUCUGUUAAUAAGUACCCAAGCAUCCCUGUCCGUGAAAAUGCUUUUGGGAAGAAAUUCUGCUGAAGCUGGUGUGCUUCUGUAGUUUCUUUUUAACCAUUCCAUAACAAAUGCAGUUACAGUGCUCUCUCUCUUUCUCUCUCGUAAAAAAGAGAGCCAGCAUGCUGAAACAUACCACAGGAUCCAUUGAUUACAUUGUCUUAUUUGUUUUAGAUACCAUCAGACUAGAGUCAUUCAAGAAAAAUGCAGUGGAAAAGUAGAAAUUGCCCAGUUAGAUAAAAAUAAGAUCUCUGAAGCCAGAUCCUCCCACAGGUAAUACCUUUCAAAGAGAAUAGAUUAAAUAUAUAACUCCAGGGGAAUCAAUGGAUUUAUACCAGGAUUUUUUGUGGCCCAGCAAUUUAAGAAUGAAGCAACUUGACAAAUAUGUCAGAUACUUGAUGUGAAAACUUUGGGAUGUGUCCAGUUUCAAAGGUCACAGGAUCGCUAUGUGUACAUUUUAAUGGUCUAUGUACUUUAUUAUUUCUAUGUGUUUAUUAUUUGUUGUUAUAAGCACUGUAAAAACACUGAAGUCACAGUCCCUGUCCCUAGUAGCUUACCCUAAGAUAUUCAAACAGACAAAAUGCUUGUGGAUGUUGUUAAGUACGCAUCUUUGUUAGGUUUCCUCUCCCUCUUCUCAUGUGCCCAUGCCAAUCUGUUCCACAAUUGCUGCCCCAUUGUUACCCUUCUUUCCUUCUAUCUACCCCACUAAGGUAUAGGUAUAGUAGAUUUGUUUUUUUACAGUGGGAUUUUUUGCACGGAUGUAACCACACCUAUGUAGUGGCACUAGUGCAAACCUCAUGGGUAGACACCACAUUGUUGUAAAAAGUGAGUUUCACCCGCUGUAGUUUAUUUUGCAUAACUGAGGCACCUCAAAUUAGUAAACAUUAUUGCAAAGAUUGGCCAUAAUCUUUCUGUGCCUUAGUUCCCCAUUUGUAAAAUGGGGACAAUAGUACCAUCUCCUAGAGAAGUUGAAGAUAAAUUCAUUAAUGUUUGUAAAGCACCGAAUACCCUGAUGACAAGCACCAUGGAAAAUCCUAUGAGGAAAUGAAUAUUUUUGUAUUCAGUGCAGGGAUUAAAUGGUGUACAAUAAAUUAGGCAUGAGGCGUCACCUUGAAUUAUGAGGUAGAAAAGAAAUAUUGAAGAGUUGCUGAUUUGAUGAGCAACCUUUACUCACUCAUCUCUUAACUUUCAAGUGCUUGACUUCAGAACUUUAAUAAUAUUCUGUUAAUGUAGUAUUUUAUGCAAUUUAUAAAUAUAUUAAAAUAUAUCUUUGUUUUAUUG